AUAAUUUCUGUAGAUAACAUUACUUUCGUUUUAACUCGAAUUCUAUUUUUUUUUUAUGCAAAGAAUGAACGGAUUGAUUGUGAUCUGUCCAAUUAUUAUUAUAUUUAUUUUAUAUAUAUAUAAAGCAGAAUCCGUUUUUGGUUGGGGAUUGGAAGUUCAUGGUGUUGCAGAAAGGGAAGGAUAAGGAUUGGGGUGAGUGGCGGAGAAUUUAGAUUUUAGGGUUUUUAUUUAUUUUAAUAUUACCUGCGUGGCUAAUGGCCGGAGGAAGGUGAGGUAUGAAAUUUGAUAAUAUAAUGAGGUGUAUAGCUUAUUGUUGUAUAGUUUUUUUUUGGAAACACGUGAUAAAAAUAGUGAAUUUUGUUAGAAAGAGACAUGAAUGAUGCAACGAAUCAAAAAUCAACCUUAUGAACCAAAAUCAAGUACCCGUUACCUUGUGAAACAAUAUUGUUUCUGGUAAUUUGAUGAGGUGGAGUAAGUUUUAUAGAAACCGAAUUUCAGAAAAUUGAAUAAAAAAUCCCCUAUCCCGCCAGUUUUCGGGAAAUGAGCAUCUCACAAUCGUUGCUAGCUUUUACUCGGCCCGUUGGCCGAUUAAUUUGCUUAUAAAAUUUUCAUCUUGUCAUCAUUGUGCUUUCUGGUUUUUUGCCAAGCCAUGAUAAAAUCUAAAGAAAUCAAGAAUGAACAACACGAUUUGGGAUAAGAACCACCGUUCCUGUAUCCCUAGAAAAUGGUGGUAAACAUGGACUUACCUGCCAAACUGGUUUGGAUUGAUAUUUUUAUCGGGUAUCAGGGAACCAUGUGGUUAUAAAUUAGACUUGAUCAAAACGGGCCAAAACUUGAAAUUCAGCCUGUUUGACCGACCCAUGCCAAACUCUAAUUAUUCUUUACUUUUAAACUUCUAUUUGAAAAUAAAAAAUAAUGAAAGAAAAGAGAUGACUGCAAUUCGCCAUUUGUACCUCACUGAUUCAGGAAUAAAACUAUAGAAUUUCGAAAGGAAAAUGAAAAUGUUUAGGAUCGUUUGAAUGUUAAAAAUAACCAAAUAAAUCUUUCUGUUUAGUUUUUUUACUAACAAAUACCAAACGAUUCCCUAUAAUAUACACUAUAAUUUAAUCAUUAUGAUUUCAAUAAUUACACAAUAUAUAUUUGAAAUGAUAAAAAUUGGACUAAUUGGGUUGGUCGAGGUUGAACCAUUGAAUAACUUUAAAUACAUUAUAUUUUAGCCACUAAGAUAUAAAAUAAUUGCAUAAUAUAUAUUAUGCUAGAGAAAAUAGUUUGUUUUAGAAUGGCAAACCCAUGAUGUUCAUUUGUUUUACUUGAUGGGCAAAUCCCGUGUAGGUCAGGCCCAUUCAACUCUUUUAUUUUAUGAUUAGCGGUUAGCCCAUUAGAAUCCAUGCAUUAGUUUAUUGUUAUUUUUUUUUCUUUUUAGCAAUAAAAAGGAGUAUCAUUUUUGCCUUUUUAUAUAUAUUUUACCACCACGGAGAAAUAAAAGGACUUAAAAAAAACAAUUGACACUCCUGGACCCGUUUAAAUCCGCAUGUGUAUGGUAAGUUGGCCCGUUCCACAGAGGAAAAAGAAAAAAAUUGACACUCCCUAUUCUACCCUUCCUACAAACGCUCCUGGAGAAGGGAAUUUGUAAUGGGGGAAGGAUUUUUUCGUCUCUGCGAUUAUAUGUUUUUAAUUUUAAAAGAUACAACAAAUGUACUUAGUGUGAUUGGUUAUGAUCUUUGCUUUUCUUUAAAGUGGUCAUGGUUCGAAUCCUAGUAAAUGUCUUUUUAAUGAAUAUAAAAAAAGUAAUUGUGAAGACCAAAAUGUCCUUCCUACUUUCACUCUGGAUGAAGGAAAUUUGAAAUGGGGCUUCAAGUUUUCUCAUUUGGCUUUUAUUCAUUGUGUAGAUGCAUUGUCAAAAUAUCAUAUGUACACCAAAUAAUUACCACUUAGUAAUUAAAAUUUUCAACCAUCAUAAAAAAUACUUAUUUUUUUGGGUAGAAAAUACCUAUUUUUAGAAUGUGUUUAGCCAAAAGAUUGUAAAAUCUACACAAUCUCAUAUGGAAUAAGUAUGAUAUUUACCGGAGUAAUAUCGGAAUAAUACUACAUCUAUAAAGGAUAAUAGUAAUACAUACUAAAUAUUAAUAAAUAGAGAUACCAAUUAACAAAAGAUGACAUUACAAAAUACAAUUAAGCACAAUUUUAAACAGCGAUUUAGAUUUACAAUAAAAUAUAAUAAAUAGAAACCAAGUUUUGAGAGGAAAUGAAAUGUAAAUAGUAUAAGACAAUGGAAAACCGAAUAAAAAAGUAAGGAAAUCGAAGCAACAAUGGUAAAAUGGGAAGCUACCGACUACCGAGUACCGACGGAAAAUAAUAUAUAGAAAAAUAGAAUUAUUUACUAGUUUUUUUUGGAACUGUUGCAUAUUGUUUUAAUGAAUCUAUUAAUUUUUUUGUUUAGACAUUUAUUAUCUAUUUCAAAACGAUUUCCAUAACACUCUAGGCAAAUCUCAUAUCGACAAAGCAAAAGAGAGAUUCAUAAGUAAUAAAUUUUGUUACUGUGGAACACUUCAAUGAUGGGUGACUUAUUAGAAAGUCACCUUGAUAUGCACUUCAAGGACAAAACCGUAUGAAUCUACACUCAAAACAGAUAAUAUCUUGAUCGAAAAAAAUUCAGGAUAUUACAACUUACAAGUCGUAUCAGAUUAUCUAUAUGUCUUGUUUAGACAAUAUUAAGGAAAACCUCAACAAAAAACGUUGAGUCCCUAAGAGAUGAUCUAUGUAAUCCCUUAAGAAUAUCCUCAUCGAAAAAAAAAAAAAAAUUUGAGCAUGUUACCAUUCUUAUUAACGGAUAAUAGACCUAAAUUACAACUGCUUUUUCUACGAGGCCGGCAUUCCGCAGCAAUGUGCGGCUGUUCUCUAGUUAUUUUAAUAUAUUGAAACUAAAACUUCUCAUUUCACGCAUGUCACCAAUGCAAAGAAAAAUCACCGUCGAAGAUGCUAACACAAGUAACAAAGGAUGCAGCGAAGAAGACCUGAUUAUAAAGAAAAUGCAUCUUCGAUCGUCACUGAGAUGCCCGAUUGCUUCUUUGGGUUGAAGAAUCCCAACGAGUAUCAGCCAAAUGUUCAAACGACCAACCCAUCGUUGAUUCGGUCCUCCCAAACAACCAUCGUUGGCUCAUGAUUCAUCUGCUUUUAACGACGCACAUUUCUCCUGCUCACCACCAUCACGAGCUUGGUCCACUCUCGGGAAAUGAAUUUGUGUCGUCGCCGCUGCGAAGUUCCGAGGAAGCUAAGAUGAAGAAGAGGGACAUGAAUAAGGUGAAUGUAUUACGAUUGAAGAUUGAAGCUACUUUAGAUAAAUUUAUGGCUAGCCCACUAAUACUAAUCAAAUCAUAAUCCUCCGGAGAAGCUCCUAUCUAAGAUACAGAGAUGAAUGGUGACUGUUGGUUAGUUUUCUAUCUCUAGAAUUCCAAGAAGAAGUCGAUGAAGGCAAUUAAAGAACAACCACGACA